AUGGCUGGAAUGUGUUAUUUGUCAGAGGAAAGGUUCAGCCCUCUGACCACAGCCAAACUGGUGGGUAAUGGCUGGACAAACGUCGAGUCUGCCGGGAACUUCCCAGUAAGUAAGGUUGCAGGGUGUAUGUAGAGCACUUUGCUGGCUGGGAACUCUACCACUAGUCUUGCUGAGAGUGAUGAACCGAUAAGAUUUUCCCAGCAAUCUCCCAAAAUGCUUAAAAUGGCUGCAGAAAGCAUUAAUCAUGCUUUGUUGUUGUUUUCAGGUCUUUUUCUCAAUGAUUCCUGUUGGGGGUCCCUGUCUGUUGUUGUGCAACAAAUCAGGUCGUUGCAGGUGGCGAGACGUUGUUGUAGAAAGUACGUAAACCCCGUGUAUGGAGUAACUUACGCGUAAUUUAUCCAGUCAGUUUUCGCGCAACUUGCAACAACCAAGUUAAACAACUCUACAAUGUUGCAAAACAAGUUGCACAUUUUUGGUGCCUGUUUUACCGUAGGCUUAGUAAUUAUAACCAUUUGAAUUCCUUCAGAAUUGAAUAUCAUUUGACGCUUUCCUUAUGCCGGGGGUUUCUAUGCCUCGCCCACCAAUGACCAGGUUAUAAUAAAAACUUUUGUUCCUUAUAAUUCAGGUGUACCGGAUUCUCAGUUAGAAUUACCAAUGCAGAUCAGGCUGAAGGAGAGACAUAUUUGGACAUUUGAUUCAUACAAACCUGACGUUGAACACAAACAUCCAUAUUCUUUCCUGCCUGAAAAGGUAAAAAAAAAAAAAUUCAAUUCUGCAGUUCCUUUAUUUGAAGAAGGAGAAAGUUGUUUCUUUUUUCCUUUAGUCUAAUCUGAACUUUUAAACGGUAAACGGCGCUUCCAAAUAGUUGUUACUGAAUAUAAAAGUUUCUGCAUACCGACAUGAGUACAACGACUGUUAUAAAUCUUUAAAACCACACCGGUAUAGAAUGAAAAUACAAUUUUCUCUUAUAAAAAUAGAUCAAAGAAAAAGGGAUCAUGGACGACGACACCUUAGAGAUUCUACAGUACAUUCAUAUGGCAGCAACUUUUGCAAAUUUCUUUUGAACAUUAUCCGUUUUAGGAAAGCAAUUUUAGGGGAAGUCCUGGACAUGACACCAAGAAAUGAACACGCUGUUCAAUUAACAUGUAUGGAGUACAUGUAAAGUUUAUUUUUUCUUAAUUUCCGCCCGGCGUUUCAUGUCUGUAUCAAUUGUGAAUAUUUAAAAGCUUUUCUAUAUAAAGGAAUCCAUUUCGUUAAGGAAAACGAUUUGAUUGUAUGAGCUCUUCUAAGAGUUGCUUCGAACUUUUGAAAUCACACAACAACCGAUCCCUAGCAAUCGAGGUCCAGUUUUACGAGUCUAUUAUACACACUCGCAAUCCAGGAAACUUAGUGCGAAGAUUUAAAAUCUCAAGUAAGAUAUAUGAAAUUAAAAAGGUAAGCCAAAGAUGAGCAUAUUUUUUAUAAACCAAAGCCGGCCGCCCUUUGAAUUCGUGCCUUUAUCCGAUGUGGAAAAAUUCGUGACUUUCCUGUAUUCCAAGAAACAGAAGUUUUUAAACAAAUAACAAAUUCAAAAUUGGAUGCCGAAUAGUUAGAACCGAUUUUCAAAAUGUCUGAUAUAAAUACCUUUAAUAAUGUGUACAUUUUUAUUGUCGAGAUGAGGAACCAAUAACGAAUAGUCUAAAACGAGUCAUUCCACUAUCUGCAGGAUAUAUCUGUAUAAUAUAAUCAACCGACGGAUUGUUCCGGAUUUUAAAACUGUCGGUGCCUGAAUAAAAAAAAUUCUCUGUUCUGUUUUUGUCUCCUGAACAGUACCAAGGUAUUUAAAAAAACUCCAUGAUCCACUGACAGAUAUGAAUGACAAAAUAUCAACAUGCAGCUUAACAGUAUUACAGUAUUAUUUUACUCGGCUAGAUUAUUUUAUAAAAUGAUGAUAUGAAGAUCGUAUCCACCUCUGUCAUGACAUUUGUCUCAAACUAGUCAAUACAUUACCUUAGUAAAAUCCUUUUUUGGAAAAGAGUCAUUUCGUCAAUAUUUAAGGACGCAAAACGAACAAAAGUUUAAACUGUUUCGCUUUUUAAGAAAGUAAAAGGAACUAACAUCCUCUCAUACGAACAAUAUUAAAAAAAAAACUGAAAUGAAGUUUGUUUGUGGCAUGUAUAUUCUUCAAAUAUCAUACGAGGCUUUGAUUUUUAAAUGAGGGGAGGCCUAAAGCUUUACCGUACUUCACUGUACUCCUAGACUAGAGAUGGAUUUCCUGGUAAGCUCUUAGUAGUGUAACAUACAUAUAAUGUCGUAAACUUAAAUCAUUUCCGUUUUUUGCUAAUGUUUGUAUUGAAAGCAUGUCAGUUCUCUUCACUUUCUUGGAAAGCAAAACAGUUCCAAAUGUCGUCCGUUUUUUAGGGUUAAUAUUGGUGGAAUUAGGUUUUCAGACCUGAAGUGUUAUAAUACAUCUUGGCACCGCUACAUUCGAUUGCUGGGGUCAGUAACCUUGCAGAGCGAAACAGCCGUUGAGGGUUUCAUGGCCGAAGCUCAGGCGCCACAAACUUCCUCGGAGGAAGGUGAGUAA